AUGAUUGCAUGCGUUGUUGUCUUCUACACUGCGUUUGGAUGCACGCUUCCUUUGAUCGAAAUCGCUUGCUCGUUCGAUCGGAUAAGGCACGCGAGGACGAGCGACCUUUGCGCUUUGCGUCAGUCCGCAGUCCUUCGCUCCAAGGGCCACCCUACGCUGUUGAUCGGCUGGGCCGCGUGCACGGCGCAGCACUCGUGGUCAGAUGUGCGUGCGCGCAACCCGUCUCUGCCGACUGUACCGACUGUGGCGGCUGAAGAGCAACUGGAAACGGCACGCGGCUAUCAAGCGGCUGUUCCUAUAAUGAAGUUGGCAACCAUAAUCUCCUUCGGCCUGUUGGUCGCACAGCCAUGCGUCAGCAGGUCGGUUUCCGAAGAGGACUCGGUGGUAAGCGUCUACACGAAGCAGCCUGGAUUAACCGAGGGUACCAGGACUUCUGGAGUGUACCUGAUAGCAAGCAGCAUCGCUGGCAGGAUAACUUCGCCAAUCACAAAGUUCUUUGGCUUUGGUAAAAAAGAAAACGCGACGACGACAGCAAGACCCUUUCAUAGGAUCGAGUUAAUGGACGAUGUACUGGAGACGGCCACCAAAGCCGACAUGAACCCGUUGAGCAACGAAAUACCGAGAGAGAGGGACGUUGAAGAACUGUCACCUGAGGGCAAAGUGAAGAAAGCCAAUAAGAAACCCGAGAAGAUAACGCUCUACUCCAGCUAUCUGCCGACGAACGACAGAAUAGAACUAAACGACACGGUGAAUGAAAUCGGCAGCGGCGAUGAGGAACCGUUUGGGUUUGAUGAUGAUUUCGACGACGUAGAACCUAAGACACACGAAGGAGGUAUCGUGUAUAUACUGGAAAUUAUAGGAAGCAUCAUACAGUUACUUUGGGGCGGGUUCCUUUCGCUAUUCCAGCCGUCCAAGUCAAGU